AACACAAUAAUCAGCGUUUAUUGGCGGCUUUUACUCAGAUAAUUCUAUCAGCAGAGGUAUUCUUGGUUUGCGAAGUUAUGUGAUUUAAGUUGACUAAAAUCCCAUAUCAAUAUAAUAAUAAAAACAAAAUGAAUAUUUUGAAAAAAUUGACUACAAAUAUACCACCUAUAACCAAAAGUUUUUCCGUUUCGUCAGCUCAUAAUACAAAUUAUUCAUGCAAAUUACUUGUUAUUGGGGGUGGAUCAGGGGGAUGUGCCAUAGCAGCAAAAUUUGCAAGGCGCUUGAAGAAGGAUGAAGUUUAUAUUUUGGAGCCUAAUGAAGAGCACUAUUUUCAACCUCUAUGGACUCUGGUAGGGGCCGGCGUCAAGACUGUACCACAAACACGUCGGCGAAUGAAGAGUGUACUGCCCAGUAACGCGAAAUGGCUGAAGGACGCCGCGGUAUCAAUAAAACCAAAGUCAAACUCGGUGAUGACUAAAGAAGGCCACGAAAUACAGUACGAGUAUCUUGUCGUAUGCGCUGGACUCCAGAACGAUUAUGCAAAGGUGCCAGGUAUGCUGGAAGCGCUGAAGCACCCGGCGAGCGGAGUGUCCACGAUAUACUCGGCGGAGUACUGCGGCAAGACCUGGGCGGACCUGCGCAGCUUCAAGGGCGGCGAGGCGGUGUUCACGUACCCAGACACGCCCAUCAAGUGUCCAGGCGCUCCACAGAAGAUCGCCUAUCUGACCGACUCUUAUUUGAGGAUGUCUCACGUCCGUUCGAAGUCUAACAUAACGUACAACACUUGCCUGCCGGUGAUCUUCGGCGUGAAGAAGUAUGCGGAUGCUCUGAUGAAAGUGGUGGAACGUAAGAAUAUCAAGGUCAACUACAAGACUGUACUGAAGGAGGUGCGCUCUGAUAAGAAGGAGGCAGUCUUCUACACCGACGAUAAGACGAAGGAGAUCACCCUCCCGUACGACAUGUUGCACGUGACUCCGCCAAUGAAAACGCCCGAGUUCCUCGCGCGCGGGGACCCGUCGCUGGUGGACGGCGGCGGGUUCCUCGCCGUGGACAAGUACACGCUGCGGCACGCGCGGUACCCCAACGUGUACGGGCUGGGCGACUGCAUCAACACGCCUAACAGCAAAACGGUCGCCGCCGUCGCUAAACAGUUGAAGGUGGUGGAGAUGAAUCUGUCGCGUGCUAUGUCUAACGACGAGCCGAACAAGAAGUACGACGGGUACGGCGCGUGCCCGCUGCUGACCGAGUACGGCAAGUGUAUACUCGCCGAGUUUGUGUACGACGGGGUGCCGCACGAGACAAUGCCCUUCAAUCAGGCGCGUGAAAGUACCAUUGCUUACUACAUGAAGAAGGAUCUGUUCCCGUUAUUGUACUGGACCCUCAUGGUCAGAGGUUACUAUAACGGCCCAGAGAUUGUCAGGAACAUAAUAAAUCCACUCGGGAAUUAACCACUAGUGUAAUUAAAUACUAAUACAGAUAAGGAUAAUUCUUCUAACGGCACGAGCUAGAGAAAGUACGGAUGUAAUAACCUUAGUAAUAACGAGUUAUUUGUAAUAGAAAAUACAAAGUUGUCUUGGAAAUCCCUGCGGUAUUUGAUUUCUCCUUUUGCUUCUGUUUGUAUAUUAAUUGCUUUUAAAUAGAUCAGUGACUUGAUAUCCAAAUUAUUUUGGCAUUCUAUACCACAUUAGGGUACAAAUCAAAACAUGUUACAUUGUAUUACAACUUGUCUAAGUAUUUCUCACUUGGCGAUGUAUUGCAUGUUUGUGUAAAUACUGUUAUUUUACUAUGUCGCUAUAAAGUCAAUGUCAAACUAAGAAAUAUGACGUCAUAACUCAUAACAUUCUGAUUGUAUCGAAGUAAAAUUUAAUUGAAAAAUAUUUGAAGGUAUAUUUUUAUUAAUAUAUAAAUAGAGCAUUUUGAAUGUAGAAUUUACAAAAUAAACAUUAUCGGAUUUUUUUAAGUUUGACUAAAUCUAUAAUUCGAAGUGCAGCAGGAGGAAUUAACCGAUUUUACUCAAUAGUGAUAUUACAUCCGCACUUUUUUUAAAACCGUAUGUAAUGAUAUGAAAUUAUGACUAAUAAUUGUUUACAUUAGACUUUAACUAAUAACUAGAUGGUGCUUCAUUAAACUCUUAUUAUAUUCGACCUUUACACACCAUACCAAUGAUAGGUAAUAGUCAAAAAUACAGAUUUUUUUAUUUAUUUACAUAUACGUUUGAUUUAAAUAUAAACAUGGUUCAAUCGCGGAAUUUUAUAUUUAGUACAUAAGUCCAUCAUGUUACUACAAAAAAUGAUUCCAAUCGAUUUUAUGCGUUAAUCUAUUAUUAGUUAAGUUCAAAAUUUAUUCCUAAAAUGCUGUUAUAUGUAGUAUCCUGAUGUGCCACUUUGUGUAUAUGUAGCAGUCUAACUGGUUAAAACAGCCAUUUACUGGAAAUACUAGUUCUCGAUGAAUAUUAUAACGCUCUACCGAUAUUCUUAUUUAUAAAUAAAAGAUUUAUUAAUCUAAUUUACAAUAACGGUUAAGAUGUCCUAAUGAUUUCAUUACAAAACUAUAUAGUCAUGCAAUUGAAUGACGCCAUUCCAUGAAAUAACCAACAUCUUUUUCAACCAGUUGACUGCGACAUAUGUAACAUAAUAAAGAAUAUUGUUUUGAUAUCUUUAAGAAGAUUUAUAUUUUAUUAGUUACUUGUAUAUUAGAGUUUAUAAGCAGUAGUAUAGUUUAGUAGCAAUAUUUGCUUUAAAACCUUUUAAGAUUAUAUUCUUUUUUUCUUUCAAUUUAUUUUUGAUAUUAUAUUUUUAGUUCGUGCAUGACAAUUGGGCUCAAGAUUAUUGUACCGACACUUAACGAAGUAUGCUUCUUGUCUAAGUCACCAUCAGAUUGCUUAUAUCUGCAUAUUGUAAAUGUGUCAAACACAUUUUGUUAAGUUAUUUAAAAAUGUACUUGUAGACUGAAUCGGAUUAGUGAAUAAAAUUCAAAAUUAUACAACGUUUAGCACGUAGAUGAAUUAAGAUUGGGGGUGAGUUUUCGUGAAUUUAUGUAUAAUCUGUUCUGGUUAUCCUAUUAUAUUUGACAUAGGAUUUAUCCAGAAAUAACUGUAGGUUUUUUUUUAUUGUUACAAAACCUACAAAGUCUUACUAACUAAACAUGAAAUUUUCGAUGUUUUUAAAUGUUAUAUGAAAUAAAUGGGUUAACU